UGGGGAACCAGCGUUGGGUCAGAAGAGUUUCUCGAAAGGACCGAAGUUGCUCAAACGUCUUAGUAAACAUGAUCCGUGCGUCUUGCGUUUUGGCGCUCUGUUGUUUUUCGUGUUCACUGGGCACAGAUAUUCACCCGGGGAUAAAGCUGUCAGGAGUGAGCCGGCUGCAGAGGGACUUUAAAAGUGAUGAGGAGCGACAUGGUUUAGAUACGUCGGAGUUAUCGAAACGCAGCGCAGGACUGAAUGAACAGACAUGCACCGAUCUGGCUGGAGUCGAGUCAACCCUGCAAAACAACACCCAUUCUUUUACCUUCAAAGUGCGGACCAUGGGUUCACUGUCUCUGGCCUGGGUGGGAGACAGAUCAGGGGUGCUGCUGGUCUUGACGACAUUUCAGGUGCCACUGUUCAUGAUGCGUUUUGGCCAGUCCAAUCUCUACAGGAGUGAAGACUAUGGGAAGACGUUCAAAGAUGUAACUCACCUGAUCAAUCACACCUUCAUCCAGACCGAGUUUGGCAUCGCCAUCAGUCCUGACCACUCCGGGAAGGUUAUGCUCACUGGUGAUGUGUCAGAAAUCGGUGGGUUCAAGCUGUUCCGCUCACAGGACUUUGGCAUGACUUUUGUUCCGACCGACCUGCCGUUUGAGCCCGUCAUUCAGAUGCUGUACAACCCGGCAGACUGUAACAUGCUGCUGACGUUCAGCAUCACGCGAGACCUAUGGCUGUCCGAGGACUUUGGUGCCACCUGGAGGAAGAUACAUGAAAGUGUCUGUUUGGUCAGAUGGGGUCAAAACAACAGUAUCUACUUUACAAUCAACCACAAUGGAUCGUGCAAUGAAAGAGGAACGCUGGAGCUACUGAAGACGACAGACUACGGUCGAAGUUUCAAAACCAUCGCAACACGAGUUUACUCCUUUGUCCUGGGAGGGCGCUUUGUUUUUGCUUCAAUCAUGACCGGCACGGGUACAGAGCGUAUGAUCCACGUGUCAGUGGAUGGAGGUGAGGUGUGGAACAUGGCUCAGCUUCCUACCGUCAACCACGAGCAGUUCUACUCCAUCCUGACAGCCAAUCAGGACAUGAUCUUCAUGCAUGUGGACGACCCCGAAGACUCUGGUGUUGGAACUAUCUACGUGUCAGACAACAGAGGAACCGUCUUCUCCAAGUCCCUGGAGCGCCAUCUUUACACAACCACAGGAAGUGAAACGGACUUUACGGUCAUUACGUCACUCAGGGGCGUCUACAUGACCAGCAUACUCACAGAGGAUGGUGCAGUGGAGACAGUGAUCACAUAUGACCAAGGAGCAAGAUGGCAGACACUACACAGACCAGAGAACAGCAACUGUGACACUGAAACAUCCACUAACAGGCCUAACAGAUGCAGACUGCACAUCCACGCCUCCUAUAGCACCACCAUGAAAAUGAACGUCCCCAUGCUUCCUCUCUCACAACCCAGUGCUGUUGGCCUCAUUCUAGCCCAUGGCAGUGUUGGAGAUGCAGAGUCAGCUCUCUCCCCUGAUGUGUAUGUGUCUGAUGAUGGGGGCUACUCGUGGAUGUUGGCUCUCCGGGGCCCCCAUCAUUACGCCAUACUGGACUCUGGAGGGCUGCUUGUGGCUGUGGAGCAAACCAACUCACCUGUCAACCAGAUCAAGUUUUCCACUGACGAGGGGCAGUGCUGGCACACUUAUAACUUCACCAGCGACCCGCUCCACUUUAGUGGGAUGGACAGCGAGCCCGGCUCUCGCUCCAUGAAUGUCAGCCUGUGGGGCUACAGGAAUGACUUCAGUAAAUGGAUCGUGAUCACCAUAGACUUCAGGAAGAUCCUCACCAGAGACUGUGCCGAAGGAGACUUUGUGCAGUGGCUGUCUCAUUCUGCAGACCCCAGUGGAUCCAAUGAUGGCUGUGUUCUGGGCUAUAAAGAGGCCUUCCUGCGCCUAAGGAAAGACUCUGUCUGUUGGAAAGGAAGGGACUAUGCUGUCACUAAGGAUCUGUCCCCCUGUACAUGUACAGAGGAUGAUUACCACUGUGACUUUGGAUAUUACCGGCCACAGAACAGCUCAGAGUGUGUGGAGCAGGAGGAGAUGAAGGGUCGUCCUUUAGAGUUCUGUUUGAAUGGGACCACAGAGGAGCUGCAGACCAGCGGCUACCGGAAGAUUCCAGGAGAUCAAUGUGAGGGAGGUUUCCAGCCAGACAGAAAGGAGACUGACCUGAGGAGACGGUGCACGAGCAACGCCCUUCAUCCAAAUUCUCUGACUGACAACAGUACAACAAACACAGCUGUCAUCGUGAUGGUUGUCAUGGCGAUCCUGAUGACCAGUGCUGUAACAGGCGUUUGGCUGGUUAAGAAAUAUGUCUGUGGUGGACGGUUCCUCGUGCAUCGAUACUCGGUAAUGAGGGAACACGUUGAGGCUGAUAAAAUAGAGGGAGUCGACGAUGUUGACCCUCAUUACACGGAGACAGGAAAAGCACAGUACAACGAAGACUCAGAUCAGGACCUCUUGGAAUAAGGUGGACAUUGAUUCUUUAAGUCUAAAUCUAACAAAGUCUGUAGUGAUGCCUGGGCACUCCUGUUGCUGAUUAACAUCUUCUUCUCACUUCUCCCUGUUCCCCCCCCGGAUGGCUGAAGGACUCAGCAGCUACUCCCAUCGCUUCCUUGAACCAGUUGAACCGGUAGUUUGGGGAGGUGGGGACAAACCCAGCGUAGAACAAAAGAAAGCCGCCGGGGUCCCCGAGGAGCUUUUGUUGUUUCUGUCACAAAGAGUUGUGUAAAGACUGUUAGAAGACUGAACAUGUGCUCUAUUGUAAAAAGUGUUUCUUUUCAUGUUGACCUGACAAAAGAUGCUCUUUCACAUUGUUAUGCACUGCAGAAGCACAUUACAGAGGCUUCAAAUUGGAUAUCUGGAUGAACAGUGUUAGGGAACAGCACAGAAAUAAUCAUCAGUAUUUUAGCUCAGAAUCGACGUCUGCUGUCAAUGAAAUCUUUUUUUUAUUUCUUUAUAUUUAAAAGCUCGCAAUGUACAGUUCUGAUGAGUAAGGCGGCUAUUUUGACAUUUCUUUUGUCAGUUUCACAAGUCACUAAAUAUUAGACGGUUACAUGAUUUUAAAGACUACUUACUCUGAAUCACAUUUUAGUCAUUAGUUUACUUAGUUCUGAAUGAUUUUAUUUGUAAUCAUUUUGUAUAUAAUGAUACUGCUCUCUUUUUUAACAGUAGUGUUUCUAUUUUUGCUUAAAGAGUGUAGGUUUUACAGAAAAAUCACGAGCAGAAUAAUAACAGAAGGAGGCUGUUUUCUGUUUAAAUAGAGACAGUUCAUGCAACUUUUAAAACUCAUCUAUUUAUAGUUCUUGUAAAUAUUUCCAUAGUUAAAUAUAACAACUCAAAACUACUUUAACAUUUCCUUUUAAGUUGAAGCUUUUGAUGCAUUGAAGUCUGAUCCAUCAAAUACCUUUGAGGUAUUUUUUUAUUGAAUAUGCAGAAAUAGACAAACGUGUAAUUGCUAUUAGCAAUCAGAAAACAUGCUGUCCCACACAAUUCAAAAUGCUAGUCUUUAACUUUUAGUGCGCUGUGAAACUUUUGGAAUAAAGGUUAAAAGGGCCGGCCGAUGUUGUGAGGACAUUUUUGUGGAACAUAGUGCAGCUUCAUGAAACAGACAUCUUCUACUCCCCCUGUAUGUGUGGUGAAAAUGAAAGACUUGAAUUAUUGCCAAAGCACUUUGAAUGAUUAAUUUUCUAAUUGUAGAGGAGAGAUUGUAGAGGUGAAAGCUAAUCGCUGCCCAGCAUUAUAUCAGUAUGAAAGCAAUGCUAUCCCAAACCCUUUACUUGAACAUUCUGAUUUUGUUUGCUUAACAGGAUGCAGCCAUGUGUUGCUGUUGUUGUGGUUUCUCUUCUUGUUUUUCCAGCCAAUACCAAUGUUUAUGUUAUAUUACAAUCUGGAUAUCAGGCCGCUUCUGAGGAUGAGACCUCAAUAAGAAUACUUAUAUUUAGGAUAAAUUCAAAAAUUUAACUCGUACUAAAUAAUCAAGAUAAUAUGUUUUUAUGGACCUUGCUGGACUGUUUCUGUUUCCAAUGUUGAAGCAGAAACAGUAAAGCAAAAACACAACAAUUAAAAAAAAAAUCCUUAAAAGUCUUACUGACUCUGCGCUUUAAAGCUACGUUCAGCCAGUAUUCAGAGUCUUAUAUUGGUGCAUUCCAAUUUAUUCAUCUCACAGAUGUUGCAAAAUAUCCACAAUUAAAGAACUACUUCAUGGAUGAAUGUGUCUGCUGGUGAUGAGGGGCAUACACAUUUCUAAGUUAAUAGAGUUGCAUCUUUUUCCAAGUAGACACCUUCUCACUUUAUAUGAUUUUCUAGAUUAGGGGGUCACUUGCUACCAUUUCUGUAGUCUGCCAAUCUUAUUACAGUAAUUCUUGAUACUGGCAGGGCUUCUGGCUAAUGCUUGUUUUCUCCAGCGGACUCAAUAAUAUCCCAGCGAAUAAGCUAUAGUAAUAAGCUGGCCUGAUGUAGAGGCAAAUUCUCAAGGACUGUUGGUUUAACUUAGUCAGAUAUGAAAGCAAAUUCAUAUGCUUGAUGCUUCUUAUAUUUACACAACUGUCAGAUAGAACAAAACCAGUUCUCUACUGGAUUCCAUGAUAUAUUUUUGCACUGUAUCUACAGAUCUGUGAAAAAGUGACAAUUGUGCCUCCUUGUAUAUCAAAUUUUUGUGAAGCAUUUAGGACAAGAAUUGUGAUCUUCAUUCCUUCUCGUUUCUGAACUGUUUGCAAGGAUAUCAGAGAUGAGUACCUUUGAAUUAAACUAUUCUGUAGCAAACAUGGUCAAUAACAAA